CCUGGGCAAGACGGCACAACAGGGGGGUUGGCGGUUUCUUAAUCUGUCGCUUCCAUAUGGCAGCUCCAUGGACUCUCUGACUGAGACAACAUGUUGAAGUCGGAAGAUAUCAAUACGUCCACAUUAAAGCAUGCCUUACAUGUUAUCAACUCAGAGAGAUCAUCCUUGGAAAGGACCAGUAGGAUUAGUAGAACGAUUUAGACUAUACAGACAGCUUGAGAUUGGAGGGAAGAUGAGCAAAACACUAUGGAGAAGGGAGCGACCAGCUCUGUAACCCUCACCAGAAAAAGCCAUCUUGUGGCUUUGUGCGACCGAGAGGCUAAGACAUCUCCCAGAAAAAACGCAAAAAGCGGACAAUUACUAGCGCUGAUCAUUCGGGGGACUAAGCUGGGACAACUGUGAGGAACAUGUCUCAGUCAGGGAAAAUCCUCCACCUAUAUGUGGAAGUCCGAUCGGUCCCUGAGGAGGAAGGCAAGGAGCUAGGCAACACGGAGAGCUCCGACCCCCUGAUGCUCCAAGGCCCGGAUGUUCUUCCUCAGUCUCAGCGGACGUCCAGCCGCCCCACCCCCACCCCUUCCCCCAGCCCAAGCGUGUCCCUGGGGGGGCCGCAGAGAGAUGGGGGCAGCUGCCAGAGCCUCCCCAGCUCCAAGUCCUCCUCAAGGCACUCGGUCAGUUUCCACCUUCACCCUACCGACGACACGGGGCCUCCCGCCUUGCACCUCAGACAGAGCCUGCCCUACGACCGGAUAGAUCAACUGCUCCAGACCCUCCAGGAGGGGCGCAAUAGGCAUGGGACUUUGGUCCGGGCGCGUUCCACAGACAUCGAGAACUUCAGGGGGAGGGUGCCCCACUCCACUGCGUCCGCAGGGAGGAUUACGGCCCCCUCCACCCCCACGAGUGGACGAAGUCCUGUGACACUUCCGGGAUUGGGAGCGACAAGGGGAAGCGAUCGACGGUGACCUUCAGCUACAUAGAGAAAGCCAGUAUUAAGAACGUGGAUAACCCUCAUGGUUCUGUGUGCCAAAGCCAGCCUGAAAACCCCUUUUACAGAACCAUGGAGGAGACCCCACUGCCCGUCCACCUCCGCAAAAGGCUCAGUGACCCGGUGUGCUCGGACAGGUGGCCCCCCUCAGGUAGCUCCAGUCCCAAACUUUCCUGCCAGACCUCCGGGAGGUCCCCCAGGGACUCCCCUUGCCUCCGGAGGACCACCUUGGAAUCUGUGGGCCGUGAGGCCACACAGAGGGCUGUGGCAGAAUUUGGCUCUCCAGAACUGAAGCGCAGACUGGCAGCCUACAGCCAAGACCGGAGUCCAGACUGCAGCCCCAGUCUACCACGGCACUACCGGUCACCCAGAUGCCAGUCCUGGGAUGGGUCACCCUCUCUUCCCCGUGGUUCCAGAACGCUGCCCUCUAAUCCUCACCCUCUGGACCAAGAACAUUCCACGAACGCCCUGAACGGCUUCCCCAAGAGUACAGCCUCAGACCAACUGCCUAUUCACUCCAGACACUCCUACCACAGCAUGUCUCCUACCUCCAGUGUCCGCUCCCACGGGCUCCAGAACCAGAAGACAUGGCGAGGGGAUGAGAGCCCCCGCCUGUCCACCAAGUUCCGCCCGCCUUUACCCGCAGGUCGCCCCACAGAUAUCCAGCAUGAGAUACCAGCUACCAUGAUUACCAGUAACCAUGACCCUAGCAGCCAGAGGACUAUCCACAAUGGGAACAAUAACUCCCUACCCACCACCAGUCCCCAGAAGACUAGCUGCAGUUCAAAUGAUGGCCUACAUCGAGCCUAUAGGACCCCAAGAACCAGCCACAAUGCUAACGAUAGCUCUAGACAUGCUGCCAGUCCUCUGAAGAUGAACGUCAUUGCUAAUGAUGGCACUUGUCAAACAUCUAAUAAUUUGAGAACCAGCCACAAAGCUAACGAUAGCCCAUGGUCCUCCCCCAAGGCUGAGUCUGCCAGGACGGAGAGCUCCAGAUCAGGUCGUUUCCUCAUCCCAGAGUCCCAGCCUUAUGCCCCCCUCCAUGGGCAGGGCUCCCCAGACCACCCUGGGGAAACUACCACCCAGGAAUGCAACUGGUCCGACAGGGACUCUCUGAGAACUGGCUCCCACUCUAGACCAGGACAGGUGUCUCCUCUCUUGUCCCAAAAAUGUACUUUGUCUCCAGCCUCGCCAGCAAGGCUCCACCGAGUCGUGGCUUCCCACUCCCCCAUCCCAGACCCUCGACUACAGAGAGACAUUCUGCAGGGUGAGGGCAGUCCCACCUUGCACCGCCACCUCCCCCCUCAGUUCAUGGGUGAGAAGGGAUCCCCAGGGCUGGAGAGGAGACAGUAUGACGCACGCUCCGACAGAGGGGGGCCGCACAACCCGGAACCUGUCCGGUGGUGGCUCACGGGUCCCGGCGCGGAGGCGGCUGUCAGCUGGACCUCGAAGCAUCAGCGGUGGAAGGAGGACGAGUCGACCGCGGAACGGGACGAGUCCCAUACGGAGAAGGAAGGAUUGUGUCCGCACACCAAAGAGGACUGCCUUAAGAAGGAGGAUGGAGGGGGGAGGCCUGCGAAGGGGCAUCUGGGGAGCAUCUACGGGGUGCAUGAGCUCCAGCGGGGUGACUGGUAG